CGCAGACGGCUUCUAGGACCUGGGCGGCGGUGGGCACCUGGUUCUCCGACCUCAGGUGGCGGGACACCCGUCAUCCCCCUUCCCCAACCCAGGCUCUGCUCAGAGUCCUACACUUGGGCAGCGAGCGGCCGCCCGUCUCUCCCAGGAUCUCCCCUGGGAGCCUGGGUUCCGAGUGCACAACUUUGCAGGAGCCCAGACAGCGGGCGGCAGCAUUUCCAGCCCGCACGUGAGGCUCCCAGGUUUCCCUUCCCGGUUCCGGGAGGCAAAGGCUCAGGGAAUAACGUCAGGCGAAGAGCUGCAGGCACUAGAUUUCCUUCGGGCAGAUAACUCAAUUUCAGAUCUCCAAACCCAUGCUAGCUCCGCCUUGUUAAACGCAAGCUUCCAGCCCCUGCGGAUGUCACCUCUCACUGGAGAGGCUAGAGGAAGACCCCUGGUGUUGGCUUCCCCUUCUGGAGGUAGCUGGGGACACCUACCCGAUAGGCGCACCCGCCGGUAGGGUCUGGGCUGUGUUAGCUGUGAUCCCAGUUUGGGAGGCAGAGCCCGCCCUCCGGCUUCUCUUGGGACUGACUCGUAAACAGCCACAGCGUCCAAGUUGCAAAGGGAGGGGCCCGCUCUGCAGUGGAGGUUCUGACAGCGUCCAGUUUUUCUGGCAGCUUUGCCAGGCAGGGGGCCGGGCCCUGGAAAGUCGCCCGGCUCUCCUAGGGGUGUGUGUGUCAGGGACAGUCCUUGGGCUGCCACGACUGGCUGUGACUCUAGCAGUCGGGGAAACCGUGGAUCUUCCUCUUAGGCUUGACGGGAGAAACAGUGAUUGGAGCAGCUUCUUUUUGCUGAAGAAUUAUUGAGGUCUUCCCCUGCUUUCUCUCGGAAUUCUCAGAGCAGCCUCAGGGGCUCAGCCUAGGGAGACCGAGCGGCUUCUAACCCCUAACGCUGGAUAUGGGACCCAGGUGGGGGCUUCACCGGCCCCUCCAACCCCCCCAGAAGAGGAAGACCUCCGUCGUCGCCUCAAGUACUUUUUCAUGAGUCCCUGUGACAAGUUUCGGGCCAAGGGCCGCAAACCCUGCAAACUGAUGCUGCAGGUGGUGAAGAUCCUGGUGGUCACUGUGCAGCUUAUCCUGUUCGGGCUCAGCAAUCAGCUAGCAGUGACAUUCCGAGAGGAAAACACCAUCGCCUUCCGACACCUCUUCCUGCUGGGCUACUCAGACGGGGCAGAUGACACCUUCGCCGCCUACACGCAGGAGCAGCUCUACCAAGCCAUCUUCCACGCCGUGGACCAGUACCUGAUGCUGCCGGACGUGUCGCUGGGCCGGUACGCCUACGUCCGGGGCGGGGGUGGCCCUUGGGCCAAUGGCUCAGCGCUGGCUCUGUGCCAGCGGUACUACCUCCAUGGCCACGUGGACCCAGCCAAUGACACCUUUGACAUUGACCCAAUGGUGGUCACUGAGUGCAUCCUGGUGGACCCCCCCGAGCGACUCCCCCCACCCCCCAGUGAUGAUCUCGCCCUCUUGGAUGGCAGCUCCAGUUACAAGAACCUCACGCUCAAAUUCCACAAGCUGAUCAACGUCACCAUCAGCUUCCAGCUGAAGACCAUCAACCUGCAAAGCCUCAUCAACAACGAGAUCCCAGACUGCUACACCUUCAGCGUCCUGAUCACGUUUGACAAUAAAGCGCACAGUGGGCGUGUCCCCAUCAGCCUGGAGACCCAGGCCCACAUCCAGGAGUGUAAGCACCCCAGUGUCUCCAGGCACGGAGACAACAGCUUCCGGCUCCUGUUUGACGUGGUCGUCAUCCUCACCUGCUCGCUGUCCUUCCUGCUGUGCGCGCGCUCGCUGCUGCGCGGCUUCCUGCUGCAGAACGAGUUCGUGGGGUUCAUGUGGCAGCACCGGGGGCGGGUGAUCAGCCUGUGGGAGCGGCUGGAAUUCGUCAACGGCUGGUACAUCCUGCUGGUCACCAGCGAUGUGCUCACCAUCUCGGGCACCAUCAUGAAGAUUGGCAUCGAGGCCAAGAACCUGGCGAGCUACGACGUGUGCAGCAUCCUCCUGGGCACCUCGACGCUGCUCGUGUGGGUCGGCGUCAUCCGCUACCUGACCUUCUUCCACAAGUACAACAUUCUCAUUGCCACACUGCGGGUGGCCCUGCCCAGCGUCAUGCGCUUCUGCUGCUGUGUGGCCGUCAUCUACCUGGGCUACUGCUUCUGUGGCUGGAUCGUGUUGGGGCCCUAUCACGUGAAGUUCCGCUCGCUGUCCAUGGUGUCGGAGUGCCUGUUCUCGCUCAUCAACGGGGACGACAUGUUCGUGACAUUCGCGGCGAUGCAGGCCCAGCAGGGCCGCAGCAGCCUGGUCUGGCUCUUCUCCCAGCUCUACCUCUACUCCUUCAUCAGCCUCUUCAUCUACAUGGUGCUCAGCCUGUUCAUCGCGCUCAUCACCGGCGCCUACGACACCAUCAAGCACCCGGACGGCUCAGGCGCCGAGAAGAGCGAGCUCCAGGCCUACAUCGCACAGUGCCAGGACAGCCCCACCUCGGGCAAGUUCCGCAGGGGGAGCGGCUCGGCCUGCAGCCUCCUCUGCUGCUGUGGCAGGGACACCUUGGAAGAGCAUUCGCUGCUGGUGAACUGACUCCACCACGACUGCCACUGGACAUUAACCCCCAGACUGCUGGGACCCCUGCUUAUUUAUUUUUAGGGUUUGCAUUACAGGAUUGGCUCCCUGCCAUGCCCUGGGGAGGGCCUAGGCCAGUCGGGUCGGACCCUUGGGGACCGGGUAGGGGGACAGGGAUGGGGUGGGUGUUAAAUAAAAGGGAAAAUACA